CCUGAAAUUGGCGUGAGUUUCGUUUUCGACAUAACAACCGACAGCAAUGAAAGCGAGCUCCCGUCUCAGCAAAGAACCAAAUAGUUUAGCACAAAGUACAACUUGAUCCUAGUUAUCGUGCGUUUGUACAUUGCGUAAAAGUGUAAGGAUCCGCAGCGACAACCAACUUGUACAGUAGGUGUGCACUUCGGACUCUUGGCAUAUUGUCAGGAUUAAUAGGCUGUCUCUACUUUAUUCACAUUUGUAGCCUUCACCAUUGAAUAUAAUAUAUGUAGUUUUAUGUAAAAGAUGACCUCUGAGGUUGACAAGACUUUAAAAGAAGCUGAGGAGCUCGCCAAGGCUCUAAGUGACGCUCUCAGCUCUGGGAAUGGAAAUGAAGCGACCAGACUGUCCCAAAGACUGUGCGAGCUCUCUGUGCCAGUGUCUGUCAACAUCAGCAGACAGGCGUAUCCACAGGACCCCAUCAGACUCAAAGUUGGAGUAGAAGAUGGACAAUCAGACACCUACAUCCCUGUAAUACUUGAUGUUUCUACCGACAUGACAAUUGCACAACUCAAAGAUAAGAUCAGCGCUGACUUUGGCUUCCACCCGACGCUACAGCGCUGGGUGAUUGGUAAACGACUCGCUAAAGACCCAGAGACCCUGUACAGCCACGGUAUCCGACAGAGCGGAGACCAGGCCUUCCUCUUUAUUCAGUCAGCCAGCGCCGCCCACCUCACCAAACACCAGCACAAACAGGAGCACGAGCAGCAAGUUUUGGAAGGCAUAGUGGAAACAAUGCAGGCCAUGCAGCUUUUGCCCAGAGGCGGUUUUGGAGAAAAAACUCCUACAGAAGUGAAAAAAGGUCCCCCUCUACUUCCAAAACCUCCAAAACUUCCAAACCUGGCACGACCUCUGCCUCCAAGGCCAGAGGAUGGAUGGACCUGUCCUCAGUGCACCUUUGUGAACAAACCCACCCGACCAGGAUGUGAGAUGUGCAGUCAGGCCAGACCAGAGGAUUACGAGGUGCCGAAUGUGUACAACCCAGACCCAGAGGAGAUCAAGAGGAUGCAACAGGAGGAGAUAGCUCUGCAGCUGUAUCAACAGGCGCAGCUUGAAGAAAGGGAACAAAACUACCGUGACCUGAUAGAAACUGACAAUAUAGACCUCAUCCCCAACCAAGAGGAAGUAGACUGCCCUAUCUGCUUUACCACACUAGAACCAGAAGAGGGCGUUGUGCUCCGAGAAUGUCUGCACACGUUUUGCAAGGAGUGUCUCGUAGGAACAAUCGUGAACAGUCAGGAUGCAGAGGUGGCCUGUGCGGAUACGACAUGUGACAGUAAGCUGCUGGAUAGAGAGAUCAAAGCACUCCUCACAGAAGAGCAGCUACAGCGCUUCCUAGAGUUACGUCUGAGUAUUGCAGAGAGCCGCUCUGAGCACAGCUUCCACUGCCAAACGCCCAACUGCCCCGGCUGGUGCAUUUAUGAAGAUGAAGUCAAUGAGUUUCCUUGCAACAUUUGUGAAGAGACCAACUGCAUCCUCUGCCGGGCAAUUCACAACGACAUGAACUGUAAAGACUACCAAGAUGAUCUCCGUAUCCGAGCAGAAAAUGACCAGGCGGCCCAGAAAACCAAGCAAAUGGUGGAUACCAUGCUGCAAAAUGGAGAGGCCAUGAAGUGUCCUAGAUGUGAUAUUAUUGUCCAGAAGAAAGAUGGCUGUGAUUGGAUCUGCUGUUUGAUGUGCAAGACCGAAAUCUGCUGGGUCACAAAACAAGCACGCUGGGGACCAAAGGGUCGUGGUGAUACAUCAGGUGGUUGUAAAUGCAGAGUCAACCAGCAGCCAUGUCAUCCCAACUGCCAGAACUGCCACUGACACACACAUGCAUAAACACACACACACACACACACACACACACACAUGCACACAAACGCUGUACAGAGGAAAAACGCAGCAUCAGAUACUUAAACUGGGAAAAAUGGCUAAGUCGUCCAUCCUGUGUAUGUCAAAGAUACACUAAUAAUGUGUAUGUGUUACCGUAUGAUUCUUUCAUAUUUGUCACUCACAACCAUCACCACUGAAUCACCUUUUGACCUCUGGAUGUACAGUUAAAAUACAGAAAAUAUGGUAGCCAGAGAAGACAUAUUUGGGGAGAUAUUUUACCACGAAAAGCAUUACGUUUUGUUUUUUUUUAGUUUGUGUGUUAAAUAAGAAAUUGCAAAUCUUUCAAUUCUGUAGCGGUAUCUGAGUUGUAAGAAACUCUCCAGUAAAAUAAAAGUGCAGUAUCGUCACAACAUUUUGAGCUUCACUUACUGCUCUUUUCCUUUGUAUGCCUGAAAUAAGAGUUAAUAUGCAAAAAAAACAGAUAAAUGCCAUUUUAAAUUGUGAUCUGAGGCUUGCUUUUAUCUUUUUGUUAAGAAAUGUUUUCAAAAAUCACAUUUAUUUUUAUCUAAGUAUUAGUCCUUUCCUUGAUAAAAUCCGCUUUACUUUAUUGUCACUGAUAAUACCUGUAGAAGAUGGUAACAAAAAGAAACUUGGCUACUUUUUGACAAAUUUUCAAAACUGAAUUAUCUGUUUUUGCACUUGAACUCUUCAUCUGUAUUUACUUCAAAUUUUAAUGUUAAGAUUUCUCAAAAACGAAGCACAGCUGAGCCAUAAAACGUGAUGAUACCAAGGUGUUUUUUUGGUUUUAACUCAGUUUUGAUAAAUACAGUCAGCCUACUGCACUUUUGUUGUUUUUUAUAUUACAGCAUAGUUUGGGGUGCGUUCACAUUUGCACAUAGACCACAUCAAAACUAGACCAGGACUAAAAUCAAACUAGGACUAAGUGGUGACAAGUGUGAAUUGUGUCAAAGCACUGAAGUAAUGAUGGCUUCUUAUGAUUAUGUCAGUGCAGGAGACUAUACAUUCCCUUUUGAAUAUUUCUAUGCAGUCUUGGGAAAUAACAGGAUUUACAGGUUUAGCGUAUUCUGAGCGAAGUGUUUAAGGUGUUUAAGUGCAAUCUGAAUCGCAACUAUGGUAACAUAAUGUAGCAUACUGUGUUUUGAGCUUUAACAGAUCAGGAAAAUGUAGAGGCCUGACUAUUGCCUCUAUGAUGGAACAAAGUGUUAAUGUUUUAUACGAUGACUAUUUUUUCACGAUAAUCACUAAAUGGUGAAGGAUUCUGUAUAAGAUGUUUACAAUGAAGCGCAAUGCUUGAUUAAGACUUAAAAGUGCACUGUGUAGGCUAUAUUUUCUGCUUGUCUCUAUUGAGAUGUUAAUGCUUUGCCUGUGAUAUUCCGCAGUGUAACAUUAAACUAAUCUCUAAACAACUGCAGCUGCUUUUGUGGUUAGAAAAAAUACCCUGAAAAUGUGCAUUCCUCUAGUUUGCGGGCUCACCUCUUCCUGUAACUUGGCCUGGUAGCAUUACCUGCUUGUCACCAUGGAGACGGGCAUGUUUAAAAAGCUGCAUAGUGUGUCAUUAAAAUGUUGUUUUAACGCCAUAAAGCUACAGCAUCUUAAAAAACACACAUCUUGUUCUCUCAAGAGUUUAUGAACUCAACUUUGAAUACAGUUACCAAAAAAAUUUGUAAAAGUAUACUGUAUAUAUAUGGGAUUUCUUGUUAGACAUUAAACAUACAACUUAACAUACUCCUGAUUAAUAUAUUUUUUGUGCUUAUGGGUUAUGUAAUUUGUCUUAAAAUGAAAUCUGAAACUUGUUGAAAUAAAAUGAAAGCAUUAA